GGCCUCACUACCUCACCGUGACUUUCACCAACAACAUCACCCCAUCCCCCAUCCCAUCGCGAAACCACAUUAUCCAUCAACCACGUCCGCUGCACUUGUCAUGGCCAAUGCAAUCGCGGCACCUUAUCGGCCCCCCAGCCCAUCAGCCUCGCCGCCAUCCUCGCCCACAUCCUCGCCCACAGCCAACCUGAAGCAGUCCGCCGGCACACAACCGGCCACGGCCUUCGCCGACAAAUGCGCAUUAUCUGAUCACUACCUCGCCGAGUGGGAGGUGCGCUACAACCGGCGGUCGAUUCCCCUCAUGCCCAGCUGGGGUUUCGAGCGUCUCGUUGCCAGCGUGGUGGAGCAAAUGGCGGCCGUGGGUGGCAUUGAGGGCGUCGAGGCCGAAGUUGCGCGUCGCAUGCAGCACGAAACUGACCGCCUAGAAGACGAGAUGGAUGGAUCCAAGCUGGAUCUCUUCCUUACCCCGCCGUCUGCGCUCCCAAGUGAACUACCGCCGCUGCUCUCCAACAUUCGCGAAACCACGGUCCAGGGCCAUGCGCAGUUUGUCAUUACUGCUCUUUCCCUUCUUCGACGCUGCUUUAGCGACAGGGGACCUGCAACGCCGCCGAAGAAGCCGACCCGACCAAAGGCCGCGGCUAGACAAGCCAAUGCUGCCCCGCGCACCACCAGGAAGAGGCGGAGCGACAGUCCUCCUACAAUUCCUACCCUGCGGCGCAGCAGUCGAGUCGAAAAAAAGAAGAAACUCUCCAAAUCGUCGCCUUGACAGAAGAAUCAAAAUCGAGCACCAUCCUGCGCAUUCAAGCGAUCAUCCACGAACCGAACGAUCACGAAUCACACUAGCAAUGCCUUCUGGAUUUAUAUUAGUUCAGAACCGGACACCUCGUGCAAUAGUGCCCGUCGAUAAUUCACGCCGACCGCCGCUCCAGGCUAUCAUUCCUUCCGCAUCUUAGUUCAGCAUAGACGAUGGAAACUCGUGGAAGAUAACCCAGGAGGACACUAGCCUUGUAAUGACCGCCCGGGACAUAUCACGUUUGGGGAAGGGCGAC